AUGCAUGUAGAAGGGCCAGUGCGGGCAGAUAGGGUGGUUUGUCGGGUCUUCUUCGAGGAUUACUCCUCGUUGAAGGACAUAGCAGCUUCAACUAGGAAAGUUGAUGUUCCUAAAAAAAGUUGGAUAGCGCUACUUCAGAAUCUACAGUCAAAGGACAGUGAGUUCAUGUAUAAAGGAGAUGACUACAAGAGGAAGGUCAGUGAGAUCUCUAGUGCUUGGAACAAGACUUGUCGAUUAAAGGGAGUAGUUAUUAGCCCUGCUACAACUCCGGAGUACGUCGAGUGGAGAGGUGAUGAUCUAAACUUGAUUACCAAGAUUCAAGAUCCUUCGUACUUGAAUCAAGUUGCCCAAACCUAUAGAGGCGUUUUUAAUAUUUUCAACAAGUUUAAACCGCAGUCGGGAGCUUGGGUUUCUGAAUCUGGUGGAGCUGUUAGGGCGGUGCUAAAAAUGUAUUUUGAUCAAUUAGGAAUGGCUUCAACCUACAAUCACAAGGUUUUUUGCUGGCAAACUCUCAUAGGUGGAAAUUAUGCUUUACUUAACCCUACAACAUUUAUUCCCAAUCUAGGUUACUACGGUGCGCUUCUAUGGCACCAGCUUAUGGGAAGUAUUGUACUUGCCGUAACUCAAGAGUCUAACCUGAAUUUGCGUGUAUAUGCUCAUUGUGUGAAGAAAAAGGAUUUCUAUCAUUUUAUCAACUUGUCAGAGGAUAGCUCGUUCGAUGUAACCCUUUCAAGUUACGAACAUCAUUAUCGUAAUUUGAUGUCCAUGGAUGCUGCGAAUCCUAAUUUUGAAUUUACGAGUCUCUUGAAUAAGGAAGAGUAUCAUCUGAAUGCAUUAGGUGAAAAUAUACAAGGUCAAAUCGUGUUGCUGAAUGACAUUCGAAUGGUUUCGACAGAUACAUUCGACAUUUCGGCGAUGGAUCCAAAACUUGUCAAUGCUUCCACACCCAUCUCAGUUGCAGCUCAUUCCAUAGUCUACGUAACCAUCAAUGACUUUCAUGCCCCUGUCUGUGGUUAA